GGAGUGGAAUAGGCAGGAGAUGCCGCCGCCGCCGCCGCUACUGCGCUUCUAGUUGUGAAUGGGACUUGUCCGCUCGCUCUCCUCCAGAGGUGACCCAGGGAGAAGCCCCAGCCGGACGCCCAGUAAGGGUUGGAAUCGCCGAUCUGCUGCAGCACUGAACAGGAAACGUCUCUUGAUAUCCCUGGCUUGCUCAAAUGGGUGGAAUAUGUUUCUUCAAUUGGCCACUGGUUUCCAGUGGGUAAAGGAAUUAAUUUGGGAAUCUGAAUGGAGCUAAAGAGAUGCACUUAACAAGCAAGAACAUCUUGUGUAUGGAAAACUACAUCUGAAAUUUCGAGAGGAUUAUAUUAUUCCUUUUUUGGACUAUUGUGGGGGCUCUGUGAUAAAGGGAUUGAUUUUGGGAUACUUCUGGUGCCUAUACCUUAACCAAAAAUGAAGGAGGACAACUGUUUACAUGCUGCCCUUCUCUGCCUGGGAAUGCUGAGCUACAUCCUGGUCGUGGCAACGGAAAGAUUGAAUUCUUCGAGGCCGUCACUCCAUGGACACCAUGAAAAAGGGAAAGAAGGACAAGUUCUCCACCGUUCGAAAAGAGGAUGGGUGUGGAAUCAAUUCUUUGUAAUAGAGGAAUACACAGGGCCAGAUCCUGUGCUGGUGGGCAGGCUUCAUUCAGAUAUUGAUUCUGGUGAUGGGAACAUCAAAUACAUUCUCUCAGGUGAAGGGGCAGGAAUAAUUUUCGUUAUUGAUGACAAAUCAGGGAACAUCCAUGCAACAAAGACACUGGAUCGGGAAGAAAGAGCUCAGUACACCUUAACAGCCCAGGCUGUGGACCGGAAUACCAACCGACCCUUGGAACCACCCUCUGAAUUCAUUGUCAAAGUUCAAGAUAUUAAUGACAACCCCCCUGAAUUCUUACAUGAAAACUACCAUGCCAAUGUACCAGAGAGAUCCAACGUAGGUACAUCAGUUAUUCAGGUCACAGCCUCAGAUGCUGAUGACCCCACCUAUGGAAACAGUGCCAAACUAGUUUACAGCAUCCUUGAAGGUCAGCCGUAUUUCUCCGUGGAAGCACAAACAGGUAUUAUUAGAACUGCUCUUCCUAACAUGGACAGAGAAGCAAAGGAGGAAUAUCACGUUGUCAUCCAAGCGAAGGACAUGGGAGGACACAUGGGAGGACUCUCAGGGACAACCAAAGUGACAAUUACCCUGACUGACGUCAAUGACAACCCGCCAAAAUUCCCGCAAAGUGUUUAUCAGAUGUCAAUAUCGGAAGCAGCUAUCCCAGGAGAAGAAGCCGGAAGAGUGAAGGCCAAAGAUCCCGAUAUUGGGGAAAAUGGCUUAGUAGCAUACAACAUUAUCGACGGGGAUGGUAUAGAGAUGUUUGAAAUUACAACGGAUUAUGAGACUCAGGAAGGGGUUGUGAAGCUUAAGAAGCAUCUAGAUUAUGAAACCAAAAAGACUUACAGUCUGAAAGUGGAGGCAGCCAAUGUACAUAUAGACCCAAAGUUCAUCAACAAUGGACCAUUUAAGGAUACUGUGACUGUGAAAAUUAACGUGGAGGAUGCUGAUGAGCCACCAGUAUUUUUAGCACCAAGUUAUAUCCUUGAAGUGGAAGAGAAUGCAAGUCCCGGCGUUCUAGUUGGGCGGGUACAUGCCAAAGACCCAGAUGCGAAAAACAGCCCUAUAAGAUAUUCAAUUGAUCGUCACACUGACCUCGACAGAUAUUUCAGUAUCAGCCCAGAAGAUGGUUCAAUUAUGACCAUUAAAAAACUAGACAGAGAAGAAAUAGUUUGGCAUAAUAUAUCAGUACUUGCAGCUGAAAUCCACAACCGGCAUAGGGAAGCUAAAGUUCCAGUAGCCAUCAGAGUCCUCGAUGUAAAUGACAACGCUCCAAAAUUCACAGAUGCGUACGAAACCACCGUCUGCGAAAAGCGUCAGAGCAACGAGCCAUUAAUUACAAUUACUGCAGAGGACAAGGACGAUACAGCCAACGGCCCAAGAUUUAUCUUCAGUUUGCCACCCGAAAUUAUCCACAAUCCUAAUUUUACUCUCCGAGAUAACCGAGAUAACUCAGCAAGCGUUAUCACGAGGCGCACGACUUUCAGCCGACAGGUGCAGGAUUUGUACCUUCUGCCUAUUGUGAUAAGUGAUGGUGGGAGCCCUCCGCUGAGCAGUACCAACACACUUACUAUUCGAGUAUGUGGCUGUGAUGGUGACAGGAUCUCCUGCAAUGCUGAAGCCUACACCCUGAAUGCAGGACUUAGCACUGGCGCUUUAAUUGCCAUUCUUGCUUGCAUUGUGAUUUUGUUAGUGAUUGUAGUGUUAUUUGUAACACUGAAACGACAAAAGAAAGAGCCCCUCAUUGUCUUUGAAGAAGAAGAUGUACGAGAGAAUAUUAUCACUUACGAUGAUGAAGGAGGUGGAGAGGAAGAUACCGAAGCUUUUGACAUCGCUACUUUGCAAAACCCUGAUGGCAUCAAUGGAUUUAUUCCUCGCAAAGACAUAAAGCCCGAGUAUCAGUACAUGCCUAGGCCAGGGCUUCGGCCUGCUCCAAACAGUGUUGACGUUGAUGACUUUAUCAACACAAGAAUACAAGAAGCUGAUAAUGACCCGACAGCUCCUCCCUAUGACUCGAUCCAGAUCUACGGCUACGAAGGGAGGGGCUCAGUGGCGGGUUCACUUAGCUCUUUAGAGUCAGCGACAACAGAGUCUGAUUUGGACUAUGACUAUCUACAAAACUGGGGACCUCGUUUUAAGAAACUAGCGGACUUAUAUGGCUCCAAAGACACUUUUGAAGAUGAUUCUUAACAAUAACAUUUCAAAUUUGGCCUUAAGAACUGUGUCUAACAUUCUGGAGAAAAAAAAAGAUUCAGAGGAAAAAUGUAAGCAGGUAUUUUUUAAAAUAAAAUAAGGAAAGGUUCAUAGAAAACAUUUAGGUUUAGCAAAGAUGGGGGAGGGUCCUUUCAUUUAAAGGGGGGGGGGCGGAAAGGACAGCAAAGUGGUAAAUACUGUGAAGUACCUUUUCUCGCAAAAGGCAAAAUACAGAAGUUGGUGAUCAACUUCGCUAGAAGGGGAUAAAAAAUAACCACUUGUGAAAUACAAACUAUUUAAGCAAAGGGGAAAAUUCAAAAAGUCAUCUGAGAACCGAGGGCAAUCUUUUUGUUUUGUUUUGUUUGUGUGUAUUAUGAACAGCUAAGUCUUUUAUGUCAAAGAAGCUUCCACAAAUUAGAAAGGAUCACAGUUCCGAGCUGUAAUUUCGCCUUAAACUAUGGACACUCCUUACGUAGUGCAUUUUUAAACUUGAAAUAUAUAAUAUUCAGCCAGCUUAAACACAUAUGAUGUAUGUACAGGACAAUGUACAAUUUUGUCUCUUGAGCAUCCAACGUUUCUGCUGACUCCUGUAAAUCUUUUUUGCUUAUACUUUCAUCUUAAUCUAAUACGUGCCAGAUAUAUUAAAAAAAAACUGUCUUGUUGCAGUGGGAGGCGCCCUAUUUCUAUGUCAUUUUUAAAUGUAUCUAUUUGUACAAUUUUAAAGUUCUUAUUUUUAGUAUACAUACAAAUAUCAGUAUUCUGACAUGUAAGAAAAUGUUACAUCACACUUAUAUUUUAUGAACAUUGUACUGUUGCUUUAAUAUGGGCUUCAAUAUACGAAGCAGACUUUGAAAUAAAAAAAAGGAUUCGUUUUUUAAUUCUCGCUUUUGUUUAUUAAACGUUUAAAGGGAAAGCAUUGUUCCCGUUUAUGUAUGUAUAUCUCUAAACUACCAAUCUGACCUUUUAAUAGCCCUAUUUGUUAUGUGUUUGUAGCUAAAGCUGUCUUGUUAAGUGAUUAUUUAAAAUCAAUUACCAUUUUUGAAUGUGUGUGUGGGGAUUUUUUAAAAAAGAGAAAUACCUUUAAAGUCUAUAUAGAGCAUAUGGCUGCUUCACGAGCACAGUAGCAGCUUGAAUAAAUAUGCUCUGGGUUCAGUUCAGUUUCUUCUUUUAAGUACUGCCAUAUUAUACGCAUGUAUCUUACCUCUUAAUAAUCCCACUGGCUUCCAUAAAUGGCGUUACAAUGUGCAGACAUUGUCUGCACUUAUAAUUUAAACCAUGCUGAUUAAGCUGAAUAUCCGUUUUAGGAUACUGUGGGCUGAAAGAGACUUAAAUCUGGGUCUGACCCAAUUUUAGAUUGCUAAAGAUUUUGUAUUCAACUAUUUACCCUAAGAUGUGUAUUAAUUUUGGCUUAAAAAUGUAAGUAGUAUUUAGUUUGCUGAAGUAGUAUCAUCUAGGUUCUUUUUUUUUUAAUUUAAGGCAAGAAAAACAUAGAGAAAGGGUUAGUUUUUUAUUGUAUGCUUUUAAUUUAACAAUAGUAAAGGAUCUAUAGAUUAGUUUUGAAUUAGUUUAGAGAAUGGAACAGAUUGUAUGUUCAACCUCUGGACAUAUAUGUAAAGAUGCUAAAUUUAAUAUAACCAGUAGGAAAAAGUUAGAGGUCUGCAAAUAUAAUAUAGGAUGAGGCCAUAUUGGCAGUAAAACAUAUUUCUUAAGGUCUUGCAGGAGGUUUAAGGGCGAAAAUCCAUUCUGAGGUUAAGAAUACCAAUUGCCAAAUUUUGUGAAAUUUGCCUUGCUUAUAGUAGUGUUAAUUUCCAUAUGUAUUUAAUAUACAUUUACUAAACAAAUGGGUUGGAUCCAAACCCUUUUCCUCCCCGCCAGUAAAGGGCACUUUCUCCAGCAAAAGAAAAUUGAGAGGGAAGGGACAACAUUACUGAUUUCCACUCACUUCCCUGACCUCCCUCCCCAUUUCACACUCAUGCCAUUCCUGAGAGUCAUCUACCCUCCAGGACUAGUGGAAAACUAUUAACAGUAGUUUGAAUCCAACCCAGGAUAGUUGUUUUUGACAUUAUAGUGCUAAGAUUUGGUGAAUUCCCCCACCCUCAGUAUAUGAGUAUCAGGAAAAACAUUACUACUAUACCAUGUAUUAUUUCAAUAUGAUAUAUUAGUAGAUAGAUAGGUAGCAAUGUUCUAUAUAUUUCAACGCUUAGUGCAAAUUUCUUCAGUUGUUAUCAUUGUUGUUGUUUUCUAUUUUUAUAAUCCAAAGACUAUUUUGCUAUAUUUGCACAUUUCUCCAAUAUGAAUUAAAUUUUUGAAAGUUAGCAAAUGAUGUAGAGGAAAAGUAAAUCUGCUGAUAAAGUUGUCAUUGCCACCUUCAUCUUCAUCGUGACAAUACUUUUUGACGUCAAAAUUUUUACUACUUGCUAAUGUACGUUUUACUGCAUUGUUAGGCAAACUUUUGACACUUUUUACAUGCUUCUGUUUAAUUUUGAAGGCAAAGAAAGACAUUGUCAACUACUUUUUUAUCAUUUCAAAUAUUUGUUUUUUUUAGUAUCUGUAGCCCCCCACCCCCUUCUCCCCUUCUUACAAGUUUGGAAAUAAAUUUACUUUUCCUGCUA